AUGGCGUCCGUCAACAGUGAUGAGUGGAGAGCGAUCUGCGACAAAUUUACCAACGCCCAAAAUCUCACUGACAUAGAAUCAAAAAACGACCCCCAGAACGAACCCUUCCGCUCAAAAUACAAGGCUAGGGAGCUCCUCCGGGAGAUUUACUCCUCUCUGAAGUGCUUCGAUGCUCCAGAAGGCGAUGAGGACAGCGUUGACCAGCAGCCUCCAGAGGAGCCGGUGGACGGGCAGAGGGAGGAGGGGCACGGCCAGAGCAUCUGCGGAGACUCGGCAGCUGGGUUGCGGGCCGCCAGACUCGGGGCAGUGGACUACUAUCUGGGCGUGAACCACGUCGACACGGAGGAGCUGUCAGCCGGACAAGAGCAUCUGAUGAACUGCAUGAAGCUGCUGGAGAAAUGCAGUGUCACAUCCGAUAAUGUAUCGCUGUACAUUCAUGUCAAGAACCAGUUGGGAAUCCUUUGGGCCUCACGGGACGAGACAGAAACAGCUCAGGGUUUCCUUGAAACUGCAGAAUCGAUCUACCAACGUUACAUGAAGGAGGAUGGGUCUCCUCCCACUGAUAUGACAGAAUACUUCACUACAGAGGAGAACCAGCUGACACACCAGGAAAGAACCAAGAGGUUUGAGUUAGCAUACACUCACACUAUGUACUACCUUGCUCAAGUCUACAAAAACCUUGGACAGAACGAGCGUGCUGCCACCUACUGUCACAGCACUCUACAGCGACAGCUACAGUUGAAUCAGUUCAGUCCAAUGGAGUGGGCCCUGAACGCUGCCACACUGUCACAAUAUUACAUCACUAAGGGUCACUUCAUGUUGGGCAGACACUGCCUCGCAGCAGCUUCAGUCAUAUCUGGUUUGGCAGGAGACGUUCCCUCUGAAGCUGCAGCACAGGAGAGUGAGAUAGAGAGUGAACGCAGAGAAAAGCUCCGACAGCAGAGAGCAGAGAUCGCAAGGUGUUGGAUCAAAUACUGUCUGAACCUCCUGCAGGACGCUAAGAAGCAGCUGGAGGACAACAUCGGUGAGCUUGAUAGUGAUCGUCAGGAUGAGCUGAAAAGAACAAGAAGACAGGAGGAAGAGGAGGAAGAGAAGGAGAGGAAGAGCACACUACUGUUUGGCUCUGAAGACACUUUUGACUCCAUCGCAACUCUGGAGGAAAAGGUUCAGUGUUUGUUUCCAUUGGACUUCAACGAAGCCAGAGCUGUGUUUUUGGUGGGACAAAAUUAUGUCACACAGGCCAAGGAGUAUUUUGUGAUGGAUGGAUAUGUCACAGACCACAUAGAAAUCCUGCAGGACCACAGCGCUCUCUUCAGGUCUCUGGCCUUCUUUGAAGAGGAUCUGGAGCGACGCUGCAAGAUGCACAAACGGAGAAUUGACAUGCUGGAGCCAAUCUGCACUGACCUGAACGCCCAGUUCUACCUGAUGAUCCGCAGACAGCUGAUGUUUGAGUUGGCAGAGAGCUACAGUGAAAUGAUGGACCUAAAACUGACCCUGGCCAACAGACAGGCAGAUACACAGUCCCUGGAUAACCACACCAUCAAGAAGUUCAACAGCCUGUGCUCGGCUUCUGCAAAGUACUUUCAGAUGUUCCUAGACUCUCUGUGUUCCCCAGAUGGGAAAUUUCCAGAACGUCUGGAGGAGGAGGUGCUCAGACCAGCUCUCGUGGCCCAUUUCAGAGUGGGACGUCUACACAGCCGACUCAUCGGCUCGCCACCCUCUGUUCAGCUCACAGACCUCGGCAAAUCUCUAGAAAACUACAAAUUCGUGGUGGAGUACUGUGCAGCCCACCCUGAAGCAGCGGCUGUUGUGGAGGCAGAGCUGGAGCUGAGUAAAGAGAUGGUCGGCCUCCUCCCCCUCAAAAUCAACCGCCUCAAAGCAAGGAUGGUGACCAACAACUGAAGCCACCCCUCUGUAAACACACAGACCUGUGUCCUGAUGUAGUAACUUUAAAUCGAUGCACACUCCCAGCAGUUAUGAAGCCAUGAUGGAAGAUGAACUGACCUACUAUAACAGAUAAUGAACACAGUAAAUCUAUGUUGUUACCUCUGUGUUAAAAUGUGGUACAUCUACCUUUAAUAAUCAAGUUAAUAUAAUCCAUACAAAAAUUCCUUCUGUAAAGAUUCCAUCUACUGGUCACCUAGCUGUCCUGUCUUGCAUGGAAUGGCCAUAACCAUUGAAUUCUGUCUUUACUGACUGUGUAUUUGUGUAUUAUGUACAGCUGUUACUGUAUGUAUUGAUAUAAAUGAUAUUAAACAAAUGGAAAAAUCUGCACUUGCGGCAGACUAGUGA